UGGUCGACGGUAGCGGGCGAUCGUCGCGCCGCCCAGUGUCUCGCGGUUCAUCGAUCAGUGUGGUGUGUGUCCGCGCGUUGUUGUUCCGGGAGAGAUCUUUUUUUUCCUUCCCCUCUCUCCCUCGGAGCGGAGCGGUCGGUCCCGAGACCCGACGACGACCGACGUUUAUCACGGGUACAUCCUCUGCCCUACGCGCCGUCGUCCCACGCGGAACGUCGCCUCGCGCUCUUGUCGCCUUACCGCGAGUUCCACGUUCCCCCUUCCCCCCGUGAAUUCGUGCGCGUGCAUACGGGACGGGCGCCGGGGCGAGCGGGGCCCAUCGGGAACACGGGACAGAAAGAUGCGGCUAAGGAUACGCUGGAUACUUCUGAUCAGCACGGCCGUGAUCCUCGCGGGAUGCGAUGCCGCUACCGAGAAAGAACAGAGCGACAGCAAACAGAGGACGUCUGCGAGCUCGACUUACAACACCUUCCCGGACGACCUGUACCUAGACGAUCAGGACGCCCUAGAGGGUUCCGGCCGAGGUGGCAGCGACAAUCGCGACGACCUCGAGGCCUCGGGCAGCGGCCUUGGCCCUGACGACGAGGACGGGGACGACGACCAUGAAUUUACCGGUAAUAAUGGAUUAGAGGUCCCGAGCAAGCCGACCGAAGCGAGACCUCCGUACAUCAUCGAUGAGACAAACGUCAAAACUAAACAGCAGACGACCAUUGACACCGCGAACCGACCCGGCAACGAGGUCAACGUAAUCGAGCCCUCAGGCACGGAAGACGAUCACGCUGACAACACCGACGACAUCCACGAGGUCUAUAUCAUGAAUCCGAAACCCGGGGAUCGAGCUAGCUCGUUCUUUGCGCAGCCAGGCGUACUAGCCGCUGUGAUCGGCGGCGCGGUGGUGGGCCUUCUCUGCGCGAUACUAGUGGUCAUGUUCAUCGUGUACCGGAUGCGCAAGAAGGACGAGGGUUCGUACGCCCUGGACGAGCCGAGGAGAUCGCCCGCGGCGCAAGCCUUCCCCAAGCCGGGCGCGCCUCACCACAAUCGGGAGUUCUACGCUUGAGGCGACGGCGGCGCGAUGGCGACUUCGCCGAUUCCUCUCGCGAUCUCACGAUGCCGAGCCGAGUAAAGACCCACCGACGAUCAACGCCCGCCUUUUCGGAAUCCCGCUGGUCGAUGGUGAAACAAUUACUACGGCAUACCGUAUGGCACGCGCUCAUAGACUCUCCCAAAACGCAAAGUUUUACUCGAGGAACGUCGCUCAGAACGUCGGCCGAUUCUCGAUUACACGGAUCCCGCCCCCCCCCUCUCCCGAUCGGUCCUCGCCGAUGUAUCUCCCUUGUUCUUAGCUUUAAAACGACCGUUAUAACAUAUCCUUACUUAAUUACCAGGAUUCUUUCCCGUUUCCCUCCUCGGAAGGUAAUUUUUUACGAUUCUCCCGAGCUUCCCCUAUGAUUUUCAGCUCGACGCGAAUCCGAGCCGCGACAACGACGUUCGCGCGCACGGCUUCUCGGUCGCCCGAAUUCAUCUUCACUUCAGGAAACUGUAUUUUCUUACACGCUGUAUUUCAUCGUGUUUAAAGAAAGAUAUACGCGAGUAAAGGAGACAGAGAAGACGAAUUCGCGGCUCUCGGCCGAUAGACCGUUCACCGAACGCUGAAAUCUUUUCAACUUGACGCUCCGGUUUGCCCUUUGCAACACCCUGUACAGAGUUUCCUUUCCGUCGCCCUGAUUAAAGAAUCGUAUUCGCUGAUCUCCGAAAAGAUUCUCUUCGGAGUGUAAUCAUCCCGGCUGGUGACUGAAGUGACGGACAAUGAACGACGAGACUACGGCUCUCGCAUAUAUCCCGUCGAGACACCGUCGGCGAGGUUGCACCAAUUCCAAGAUGCAUUUACAAGCGUAUUUAGAGAGCGUAUAUAUAUAUUAUAUAUAUAUAUAUAUAUAUUUACGUGUAUGUAUACGUAUAUACAUGUACAGGACUGAGAGUGUGAAAAUUCGUGGGCGAUAAACGCCGCUGCUAUGUCGUUAAUCAUUCUGUCUCCCGGUGGAAGGAGGGAAGGGAAAAAGGAUCGUUGCGGCGUCGUGAUUUCUCUCCGACAGUAAGAGCAGCGAGGAGUUAAGCUGCAACCUCGUUCGCGCGUCGCUGCUAUUACUUUUUUUUUAUUUAUUUUUUUUUUUUUUAAGAAAUUAUAAUAAUUACUUUUUUGAUACGAGCGUUUAAUGCUGAAUUUGACAAAAGUUUGGAUCUUUUAUUGCGCGUUCGUGUUCCAAUAGAGGCGAAAACGGCGGGACUCGUCGACCAUAUUGAUCGAUUGCAGAGAGGAUAAAAAGGGCGCCUAUAUUAAGAAUAUGUGUUAAGCAUUAAUCGUAGCGCGAUCACAUCGACCCACAUUACAUGUGAGGGAAACACAAAAAGAUAUUUUACGACGAUGCAUUUCUAGAAAUUAUACGUUGCACAAAAUCGUUUAGAAUUUAUUUGGUCGAUCGGUCGCCAGUACUGUACAUAUCGUUAUAAAAAAUUAUAACGCGAUUAUUUCUGAAACAUAUAUAAGAUUAUAAUGAGGAAUAGGAUAGGACCAGUAUACGAGUAUUAAUCAAUGUUACAACAAAUUUAAAUUAUAUCCAGAUUUAUUGAAUUAUUGACGUUUCGUACCAUACCCGGACUUCAUCAGAAUUGUCAAUUAAGCGAAUAAUUAAUUACUAACAUAUAGGGGUCAAAACGCAAUUAACUAAACAUGGAGACGUACCGCAAUCACAAAGUCAAAAACUUAACAUUAUAGAACACUUUCUUCUCAAGUCAGUCAUGCUCCUUUGAUAUAUAUAUAAGUAUGAGUGUAUGUCUUAUUCUUACAUCGGUUUUAUUCGAGCUUAUAAAUUUUUAUAUUUAUAAGAUCUAUGCGCGAGAUCGUUAUAGGGAUCGUUACAGUACGCUAUCUCCUUAUUAUUUUUUUUUAUAAAAAAGUUGUUUUUCCUCUUGCUUCAGAUUCAUGAUGGUAUUUUUCGAAUUAAUCGGGGCUUUCAUCAUUGCCCUAACAAUUCCAUAUAUAUAUCAUAAAUACGUAAGUUUUAAUUUCUCGAAAAAGAGAAAUGUAUUUAAGGUACAUUUCUCUUUUUCCAGAAAUUAAAACGUACGUAUUUAUAAUAUAUAUAUAUAUGGAAUUGUUAGGGCAAUGAUGAAAGCCUCGAUUAAUUCGACAAGUACCAUCGUGAAUCUGAAGCAAGAGAAAAAACAUAAAAAAAAUAAUAAGGAGAUAGCGUACUGUCGACGCUCCCUAUAACGAUCUCUAUAACGAUCUCGCGCAUAGAUCUUAUAAAUAAAAAAAUUUAUAACCUCAAAUAAAACAAAAGCGAAAAUAAAACCGAUGUAAGAAUGCGUUUUGACCCCUAUAUGUUAGUAAUUAAUUAUUCGCUUAAUUGACAAUUCUGAUGAAGUCCGAGUAUGGUACGAAACGUCAAUAAUUCAAUAAAUCUGGAUAUAAUUUAAAUUUGUUGUAACAUUGAUUAAUUCUCGUAUACUGGUCCUAUUCCUCAUUAUAAUAGCCUUUGCUUCAAACGAGCGGAAAAUAAUAUUUUUAUCACAUAUAAGAUUUUAUACAUAUUUUCUCUGCGCAGCUUCUUUCUUCGUUUCAUUGUAUCCUAGAACGUUGGAAGCUAAACAGUUAUCACGAACUCGUGGAUAACUAUCCAGUUAUCUUUCGAUUCUUUUCGAUUGAUUUCUAAUGCUGAUGGCAUGUUUCUUGCACGAGAUAAAUGUAUCUCAAAUUUUUAAGAUAAGACUCGAUGGUAAUUGAAAACGUAUACAAACUCGCAGUUUGGAUCAUUUUAUCGCUUAGAUAACUGCUUCGUAUAAAUCGUGUUUAAUAUAUCGAGAAUUUAUGUAUAAAUACUGAAACUCCCGAUAACUGUGAAUAUCAUGUUUUACACAUUCGCCAGGCAUUUAGUAAUUUUUAUUAGAAUCCUUCUGCUGUAUGAAUCGUCAAGUUGCAAUUAACGCAUUUAGCAAAUAAAGUAAAUUCUCAGUUAGCGUGCCAUAUCUUUUUGAAACGCGAACCGGCAGCCAUGCGUGCGUGUCGCCAAUACCGCGAUCGACGUUUCCAUAUUCCAGACCGUAUUCCUUCAGAAAUAAAAUGCAGCUCUUAAAACGUGGAGGAAUUCCUUUGUAGAGACUAAAUAUUUUUCAUUUUUCCGAUGCUCUCUCUUGAGAGAGAGAGAGCCUCGGACGAGCAGAAAUAGCUCGUGGGGUCCACUGAAUCAUGUUUGCAUAUGGCAAUGGAACGUCCACACCCUCCUUCCACCCAUAAGAUAAAACAUCCCACUUUUAUUACCUGAAUCGACUCUGAUAAAAGUUCUUAAUAUAUCCGUCUGGGGUUUAUCUUGUCUUAGAGAUUCUAACGACGAGAAGUCGUGUGUUGCCAUAAAGUGAAAGACGAAACGCUGCGUUUGACAGGUAUAAUUACCCCGAACGACACGAAGAAAAAAAAAGAAAUACGUGGUUCCUUCUUGCCCCAAGAGUGGUACGAUAGCGCGCACGCCUUAGCACGACAGAAAUGAUGCCAUAAUGCUGUAUUAGAAAGCGAAAGGGAACACGCGAAAAGCGAUACAAAUGCGUAUAUUCGUUCGUAUCGGAAUUUUUUCCCACGGUGACAUUCGUCGCGCGAUCGAUCCGCAUCGCGGAGUCCACCUAUAUUUGUUAACGUUUUUUUCCCCUCUACGCGGUAUCUCCAUGGCCGUGUUUCGCCCUUCCGUCGUCCCCGUUUAUUUUUCGUAAUUUUUUUACGAUCCUGCACCGAUCCUUGAAUCUCUCUCUUUUUUUCUUCUGUUCUGACAGUACGUGAGCGUCGUCUUUUCGCAGAAUCCGAUCCGUCGCGGAAAAUCGGACACGUUGGAGUAAUUAAAAGUAUAUAUCAUGCCGAUACUGCCAUAUAUACUACGUAAGGAACAGCAAUUUGGUACGAAACUCUCACGAAUCCGCCUUAUAGUCACGUUGUUUGCCAUCUCACGGCACUCUCGACCUCCAUCAUCCCUCAAGUUUUUGAUCCUUCCGUUUCUCUUCAGCUGAGAUUCUCUUAGGUCCGAAUGUGCCGAUCACGAUUACUACUAUGAAAAAUGUAUAGAGUCUACUAAACGCCUUAUUUAUUUUAUUAUCGAGAAUAAUGUAGCUGCCGCUCAUCCGCGGCAAAUUUAUCACUUCGAUUUAUCCUCGUUGAACAUGCGCCAUGUUGUUUUGACAGAAAAAAAGACAAUUCUGCGGCAUAUCAUGACAUAAUUUUAUUGACUUGCAUUUUUAAUCGAUCGCAAAUUUACUUGUACGUGAACGAAGCUUCGAGAUUUGUUUGUGCUUUUAAACGACUCAAUUUUACUAAAUUUAAUGAAUUCUCUUUCACAGAAUCUCUUUUAGUGUAUCUAAGUUUGAAAUGUUACACAUAGGAAAUCAAUAAGAAUAAUAACUAUAAGAACAUUAGUAACGAUAGUUAGAUAUAAUGCCGAUUAUGAUCAAAGAAAUACCCGUAUUCUCCCUUUCAUAACUUAUUAAGUCGGUAUAUUAUUUUCGUUUUUAUUUUCAUCUUUUCUAAUGUGGAUCGAUUAGAUUUCUCCAGUACUUCACACGAUUCUUUAAUCAUACUAUAACUUUUUAAAAAUACAGUGUUAUGCAAAAUGCUUUUAUCUAUCUAUCUAUAAUGUUCCUGUUUUUUUUUUCUUUGUCAUCUUUUUAAUCUCCCUCUCUUUCUUGGAAAUCUUCGUCUCGUGUGAAGUAAACGAGGAAAAACCUAGAAAUUGGGGGCUCGUAACCUUUAUUAAUAAUCACACGAUAUAGAUGAAAUUGUUCGGUAGAUAGUAAUUAAUUGACCUCGUGGUGUCGCUUGCCUUAGCUUUUGCUAGCUUACGCUCUACCACGCGGCCAAUUAACGUCUGAGAGAAAUUAAGCGAAGAGGAGAAGAAAAAUAAUAAUUGUAAUGAAAUCAUAUUUUAUAAGAAGACGUAAUACCGUAAGAACACUAUAGCAAUGAAAAGUCUGUCUAAUACUAGGCAAAAAAGCCCAUAGGCCAGGUGGACGAAUGAAAAUAAUUUUAAAAGUGGAUUAAUAUUUAAUAAUAACGAUAAUAUUAACAAUGUUAUUUUUUAAGUGUAAGUACUGUCAUCCCAUCGCUCCACUUUCCUUCUUCCUUCUCCCGUUCCUCCUCCUUCUCUUCGUCCUUUUCCUAUUGUUCCCUAACUGGUCUAUAUUACAUAUAUGUGUAUAUAUCCGUCUAUGCACGAACCCACAAAAUACGUAUAUACAUGUAUAUGUACUUAUAUAUAAAUAUAUAGAUAUAUUAUACUCGCUCGCGCAACUGCGAUAAAACGCCAUUUGUUUCGGUUUUUUCUCACUAAAGUGUUUUAUAUAUCAUUCUCCCACGUUUUCCUUCUGAAAGUUAAAACUCAACUUCCUACCACCGUACGUAUAUAAUCGCAAUAAUGACGGGCCAGCAAGACACGAGCAGCUUCUUACCGAAUGCAAAAGAUGGGAUAUCCAUGUUAUCGCUGUUGCGGACAUCAAAGUAAUUAUUACGUUAUUCUUAAUUAACGGGAAUUAAUAAUUGCAUUAUAUUAGUAUAAUAACCAACAAUAAUGUAUGUCGUCGCUCCUAUUCUGUAAAUAAAUACUAUACCGUCUAA